AAUUCCUAACAAGAAAUGUCAGUCAGACACGAAACGCCGUCGCUAUAAUUUCGUCGGUUGUUAUUCUUUCUUUCUCUCUCUCUCUCUCUCUCUCUCUCUCUCUCUCUCUCAAAUUUUGUUUACACAUAAACACAAUGGAGACGUGGGCGAUGAUCUUGGCCAUCGUGACAGUGGCACUUAGCAUUUAUUACUAUACCUUUAAGAACGUGAAUUACUUUAAGAAAAUUGGUUUACCGUAUUUACAAGCAUGGCCGAUAUUGGGCAGCAUGGGUUCAGCAUUUUUACGAAGAAAAACGACGGCCGAUGUAACUAUUGACGCUUACAAUUUCUAUCCGGAAGCCAAAUAUAUCGGUUUCUUCGAUUUCAAUAAUCCAAUAGUGAUCGUACGUGAUCCCGAAUUGAUAAAAAUGAUCGCUAUAAAGAAUUUCGAUUAUUUCACGGAUCAUCGAUCCUUCGUAGACGGCGAACUUGAUCCGCUCUUUGCGAAGGCAUUAUUUUCCUUGCGAGGUAACAAAUGGAGAGAAACUAGAACUAUGCUAAGUCCUGCAUUUACGUUAAGCAAGCUUAAAGGUAUGCUUAAAUUGAUGAACGAAUGCGGAGCGGAUUUUACGGAUUACAUAUAUAAAAUGCCAAAAGAUAAGAGAACUAUAGAAAUGAAGGACGUAUUCACGAGAUAUACCAAUGAUGUAAUAGCCACGUGCGCUUUUGGCAUCAGUAUUAAUUCUAUGAAAGAUCGCGACAAUGAUUUUUACGUUCUUGGUGGAAAGGCAACCAAAUUCGACAGUAUUAAAACACUUAAAUUCAUAAUGAUGCGAAGUUUUCCAACGAUUUCGAAAUUAUUCAAAAUUAGGCUAAUACCCGAUAAGAUAAGCAAUUUCUUCAAAAACGUCGUCAAGGAAGUAAUCAAUACUAGAGAUAAAAAUAAUAUUGUAAGAGCGGACAUGAUACAAUUAAUGAUGGAAGCUAGAAAUAAGAAAGCUGAAAUGGGACAAGAAUUAAUUCUGAUGGAUAUAGUAUCUCAGGCGUUCAGCUUCUUCUUCGGUGGCUUUGAUAGCGUAUCCACGGCCAUGUGUUUCACAUGUCACGAAAUUGGCGUCAAUUUGAAUAUACAAAAGAGAUUACAGAGAGAGAUCGAUGAAGUUAUUGAAAGGACUAAUGGUGAUUUAACAUAUGACGUAAUUAACAGCAUGCAAUAUCUAGACGCCGUGAUAAACGAAUCCCUAAGGAGAUAUCCGAUUGCUGUAAUCAUUGACAGAUUGAGCGUCGAUAAUUUCGAACUACCACCAAGUUUACCUGGAAGUAAACCCUUACAACUGAAAAAAGGCAUGAAUAUAUGGUUCCCAGUUUAUGGACUUCAUCAUGAUCCGAAAUAUUUCGAGGAUCCGUACAAAUUCGAUCCCGAAAGAUUCAUGGAACGCGGAAAAGAGAUUAUCAAUUCCUGUGUUUACUUGCCCUUCGGAUUGGGACCUAGAAUAUGCAUUGGUAAUAGAUUCGCUUUAUUGGAAAUGAAAGUCUUGAUAUUUCAUUUGUUGGCAAGGUGUAAUCUGGUGCCCUGCUCGAAAACUCAGAAUCCAUUACGUUUAUCCAAAAAAGGAAUCACCAUGUCGGCAGAAAAUGGAUUUUGGAUGAAUUUUGAAAACAGAAACGACGUUCAUCCUGCCCUUAAGAAUUUUCUAUCCAAUAACGUUACUGAUGAUAAUACUGAAACCGAAGCGUUCACCAAUGGCGUUGCUAUUAGUCAUACGGUCAAAGCUUAAGAGAUAAACGAGGAAUUAGGAAAAAAUAGUUUUAUCUGAAUCGAAUGAAUCCGUAUGGAUGUAUAAUAUGCUAAUAAAAUUUUAUAUAACUAA